GCGUGAGCUUUGCCACACGGCAGAUGGCCGGGCUCACCAAACCCACCACCAUCAUCGUGCUGGAUGGUGACAAGGUGACGGUGAAGACCCAAAGCACCUUCAAGAACACAGAGAUCAGCUUCAAGCUGGGCGAGGAGUUCGACGAGACCACGGCGGACGACAGGCACGUCAAGUCCUUGGUCACACUGGAUGGAGGCAAACUGGUCCAUGUGCAGAAGUGGGAUGGGAAGGAGACGUCACUGGUGCGGGAGCUGAAGGAUGGGAAAUUAAUUCUGACUCUCACCAUGGGCAAUGUCGUGUCCACCCGCACCUACGAGAAGGCCACAUAGACGCUGUCCCCAGCUCCCUGCCUGUCACCUGGUGCCA